AUUAAGGAAAUAGACGCUUCUUCAAAAUUUGAAAUACUCAUACUGUUACAUGGAAUUUAUAGAGUAGACCAAAGGAUAAUAAAUGGCUUCAGGUGACGGAAACUGGAAUUCGUUCAUGUACAAAUCAGACAGCGGAAGAUACCGUCAAAAAAAUUCUACUAUAUUCUACAAUCACUGGCUACCUAAUAACCAAGAAGAUUUAUUGCCAGAAAAACUGGAUUUGGAAGACGAGAACCUGCCCGAUAUUUAUGAAGAAUUUGAUACUUUAGUACACGCCACAACAUUAGAAAAUGCUAAUGCGAUUUUGAGGGAUGGCUUCAAACCUAGACCAGUUGUCGACAACUCUGUUGUCAAUGACACAUAUAGGUUGAUGAACUGGUCUGGAGGGGAAAUAAUUCCCAGGCCACAGCACCCCGUACGAGAUGUCAACAUCCUAUGGUAUGGCCCAUGCACAUUUCAACAACUACAAGACCCUACCUAUGCAAUGAAGAGAUAUGGUAAUGUGGUAUUCAGUAUGAACUCUUUGUUUGGAUACGAGGGAUUAAUACGUAAAGGUUUGAAUUUAUACUUUAUUGAAGUAAUAGAGUAUCUUACCAGUUCUGCCAGUAGGAUCUUGGUUUCGCAUCGAGAUUAUCCAACUUUAAGGAAGUUUGAUCCGUACAAAUUAGGAGGUCCACUGUAUAUAAAAGAGACACGUUCAGGACACAAGUUCUACUAUACCUCUAGUCUUAAACGUUGUGAUGGACAGAUAGUCAAAAAUGUUCUAGAAAUCAUGCAAGAAGAAUUCAACAGAUCGGGUUAUUUUAAGAUUGAUGAGCUGCGGUUGAAUAACCACUUUGUCAGUUUUUGCUACUGCAAGGAGGCUAAGAAAGAUGUCUCAGAUCUUGUUGUACCUUUUGAUCCUGCAGAGGUCAAAACAGAGGAUGGGAUUAUGCCACAUUUGCUGCCAAAUAUAUUAAAACUUGCCAUCACUCUAGCCACAAGCAGAAAUUCAAACAAAAUCCUGCUACUAACACAGUUUCCUGGUGAACAAACAAGGGAUAAAAAACUUCGAGAGGAGCUGGAAAGAGUACAUCAAGAGGCAAGCAGAAAAUACAGAGAGGUUGUAAAGGAGGGGUUAAAUACAGCAUCUCUCAUUGAUAUGGCAGUCCAAGGCAUCACGUGCAUGAGUAAACAAGACAUUGUACAGUCCUAUUUACAUAUGUUGAUGCUCAUUCCAGAGUCACAUCACUCAGAGCUAACAGAAUCGUUAUGGAAAAAGAUAUCAAGCGUAUUGAUGGACCCAAUAACGGAGUAAAUGCUGCUAGAUUACGAGAUUCCGCAUGUGUUGUACAGUAAAACAGGAAGACAUUUCCUUUGUUGAGUUUCAACAUGAUUAUUGACUGUUUAGGAAAUAACUCCCAAAGACAGUGGACUUAAGUAAAUGUCUAGAAGGUACAAGAUAUUAAGAACAGAGUUAAAUACUAAUACUAGCAUUAAAUGCACCCCCACUUUGUUCAGAUCUAGAAAAUGUAAUUGAUUUCAAAAUAUUUAUAAUUUUAUCAAUUUAUCAUACAUGCACAGGCAAUCUUUCAUGUUUUUGAAUAUAUUUACCAGUAAUUAAAUUAAAUGUUUUUCAUUGUGUUUUAUAAAUAUGUCAGUAAAAUAAAUCAUUUACUUACUUACUCUUAGGAAACAUGUUGUUACUGGUACAUAAACUAUAUUUUGUCCCACAGGUUUAGGGACAUUGUGUUUCCUCAGUUUCCCUAUAAGAAAUUAUUGUUACAUGUUUAAUUUCAGAGGUUGAAAAAUUUAAGGAGCUUUGUUCCAUUUUGUGAUGCCUGGUAAUGCUGUAAACCUUUUCUGCAUCAAAUUUGAUUUAAUAGGUCUGUUAUUGUAUUCAUUAUUAUUUAUUCAUUAUUCAAAUGUUUGAUGCAUCAAAUUUGAGGAAGUACCAGUAAAGACUACAUUUUUGUUAAUUUUUUUCUUUUUAAAAUACAUGGAUUUUUUUUAAUUUGAUAUCCGUUCAAAACUCUUGGUAAUAAAUGCUGAAUUUUUGGGGUCAAAGAACACCUGGUUUAUUAUUUUGUAAAUUAAAAAUAACUCGGAAAAUUAUUAUAAGUGGCAAAAAGUGCAGGGUAAUGUUCUAUGAGAGCUCUCUUUUGGUAACUUUGU